CCCUUCUCUCUCUCUCUCUCUCUCUCUCUCUCUCUCUCUCUCUCUCACACACACACACACACACAAUUUUCUUCAUUCUUGCAACGUUCAACAUGGCAGAAAUGUGGAAAGCAUAAUUAGGAUAUUUAUGCACAUAGUGGGACUUCUGAUUUUUUCUUUUUUACUUAUCUUACAUGACAAUUUCAUUAUCAAAACAAUGUUGAAUGUGUCGUCAUAAAAAUAGUCAAACUGAUUUGGUGUUGAAAACAACCGAAUAAUUGUAGCACAAUAGCCCCAGUGAUAAUACUUAUUUAAAAAAUAUAUGACGUGUAAAGCCUGUCUACCUUAAGGUAGUCAGAUAGAAUCAGAAGAGACUCUUUAAGGAAGGUAUUCCCAUCAUUUACAGUAGAUGCAACCACAUGCGUCCUGCUGCAAUCAAAUUAGCUCUUCAAUAGAUAUAGGAGGGAGAAUUUAUAAGAACUGAUCAUUAUAGUAUAUGUCCUGUACUGAAUUGCUACUGAGUUCUAGAAACCUACAUCUAAGUCUACUGAAAUCAUGUGCCAAAGUUCUUGGGAAUUUAACCUCACCUGUAUUUGGCUAAAGAACACAUCCAUGAGUCUAAGCAGAAUUAUGUAAUUGGAUUCUUAUUUCCUGGGGUACAGUAGUUUUAACAUAGUAUUGGAUAAUACAACUAUAAUAUUUAAAUAUUUGCAGACUCUCUACACUAGAAUUUAUGCACUAAGUAAAAUUUAUUUUUAUAUAUGAUACUUCACCAAUAAGUAACGGAAGGAUGCCUUUGGUCUAAUGUCAGGUCUAAUCUCAAUUUUUUCCACAGUUGCCUCAUUUCUAUAUUCAAAGUAGGUAAAUGAGGAAUGGUAAAUCAAUAAAACAACUUUAUAAUACUUUUAAUCCUGUAAUCACGCACUCAUUUGAUUAUAGUAUGAAGGCUUCUGACAAUAUUAAAACACCCCUGGGAAAAGUACCAAAUUCUCUUCAUUCUUUUAAAAAAUGUAAUAUUUACUCAAGUGACAUGUAAAAUGCAUUUCUUGUUAACUGAAAUAUCAGGCUGCCCAUCUUACUUUGAGUAACCAUCUUCGUAAUGGAAUGCCAUGCAAGUGUUCAAAUGGCUCUCUGUAAAGAACUGCUAAACGUUUUCUGAAGUCUGAUAAAAGUAUAGUACUUUUAAAAAUAGUACAACUCAGAGGAAACAAAGUGCUAGUUGUUGUAUGGGAAAACAAGAGGAGUCAAGAAAGAAAGGUGUUUCUCUGCUACUUUCAUGUGAUGAUCUUCAUCAGUCUUUCAUCAGUUCUUCAAGAGGCGUAUAUAAACUCUUGCUGGGGGAGGUGAGAGGCAGUUGAAGCGUUUCUUGUUCAGCCUCAGAGUGCUGAACAGCUGGACAGCUCCCUGCGGGCAGCAUUGCAAGCCUGUUUCCUUCUGCUCUGAACAGAGAAAACAGUACAGUUCCCACCAUGCAGCCAGCAAUGAUGAUGUUCUCCAGCAAAUACUGGGCGCGACGGGGCCUUUCACUGGACUCAGCUGUGCCUCAAGAGUAUCCAUUACCCAGGAAUGUAACUCUAAACAAAACAAAUUCUGGUAGAAGUGAUGAUAAAAAGGCUAAUAAAGGUACAAGCAAGAAUGAAUCAACAUCAGAAGGUGGUAAAACGGCUGUGGUGUUUUCUUUAAAAAAUGAAGUUGGUGGCUUGGUAAAAGCUCUCAGACUUUUCCAGGAGAAGCAUGUGAGUAUGGUUCAUAUUGAAUCCAGAAAAUCGAAGCGAAGGAAUUCAGAGGUAGAAAUUUUUGUGGAUUGCGACUGCACCAAGAAAGAAUUCAAUGAGCUCAUUCAGCUGUUAAAGUAUGAAACAAACAUUGUGACUCUGAAUCCCCCAGAAAACAUCUGGACUGACGAGGAAGAGCUGGACUGUGUGCCUUGGUUUCCCCGGAAGAUUGCUGAAUUAGAUAAAUGUUCGCAGAGAGUUCUCAUGUAUGGCUCCGAACUGGAUGCAGAUCACCCUGGAUUUAAGGACAAUGUUUACCGACAGAGAAGAAAAUAUUUUGUAGAUGUUGCCAUGAGUUAUAAAUAUGGUCAACCAAUUCCUAGAGUAGACUAUACACCUGAAGAAAUAAAAACUUGGGGCGUGGUAUUCAGGGAGCUUUCAAAACUGUAUCCUACUCACGCUUGUCGAGAAUAUUUGAAAAACUUCCCAUUACUGACAAAGUACUGUGGCUAUCGAGAUGACAAUGUCCCACAAUUGGAGGAUGUCUCUACGUUUCUCAAAGAAAGGUCUGGUUUCACAGUCAGACCAGUGGCUGGAUAUUUGUCUCCUCGUGAUUUCUUAGCUGGUCUGGCCUACCGAGUUUUCCACUGUACCCAGUACAUACGCCAUUGUUCGGAUCCCCUUUAUACUCCGGAACCGGAUACAUGCCAUGAACUUCUGGGACAUGUGCCUCUGCUUGCUGAUCCCAAAUUUGCCCAGUUUUCUCAAGAGAUUGGUUUGGCCUCCCUGGGAGCAUCUGAUGAAGAUGUCCAAAAACUUGCUACUUGUUAUUUCUUCACUAUUGAGUUUGGCCUUUGUAAGCAAGAUGGACAACUGAGGGCUUAUGGAGCAGGCCUUUUGUCUUCUAUUGGAGAGCUCAAGCAUGCUCUGUCUGAUAAAGCCAGUGUGAAAACAUUUGAUCCAAAAACAACCUGCUUGCAAGAAUGCCUUAUCACAACUUUCCAGGAAGCUUACUUUGUCUCAGAAAGUUUUGAAGAAGCCAAAGAAAAGAUGAGAGACUUUGCAAAAUCAAUCAACCGUCCCUUUUCUGUUUAUUUCAACCCCUACACCCAAAGCAUUGAAAUUCUGAAAGACACCAGAAGCAUUGAAAAUGUUGUCCAGGAUCUCCGAAGUGACCUGAACACAGUGUGUGAUGCUUUAAGCAAAAUGAAUAGAUAUUUGGGUAUCUGAUUUCUUAGUGAUAUGGCUUUGAAGAAUAGCUAGAUGCUGUAACACCAUUAUAAGCUAUAAUGGCCAUUUUAGCAUUGUCUAUUUCUUCUCUAAUGCAUGGCUACCAAUUUGCUCCGUGUGCUCUUCUACUGAAAUGUAACUUGAAAUACACCAACACUAAUCUACAAAUAUUUAAGGAAGAGGAUUACAUUGUCUUUUUUAUCAGCUUGCAUAAAUUUCAAAAAGCUUCCUUUCCGUACCUACAGAGUUACAAAUAGCAUUUACUUCAUAUCCCAAAAGAACAAUUAAAAGCAAAAUAUCAUCAAUCAAACACACAUGGGAAGUUGAACUUUAGUAAGCAUUAUAUAUUUUUAAAGAAAAUCCUCAUGCUUUUCAAAAUAAAACCACUAAUUUCCUGAUCAUAGUAGUAAAUAAAGCCAAACAUUUUUGAAGAACCCAAGAUAAUGCUCUUAGGAAAUAGGGAUGCCUGUGUAGGGAGUUGUGUUUCUAUCAAUACCCUGAAAUCAUAUAUUUGUCCUGAAACAUAAUUUGGUCUGAAGCACAUCUUUCUAUGCAGCUCUCUAGUACUUCUUGCUGCUAAGUAGACAUUUAGGAUCAUGGCCAUGUUAGCUUAUUGUAGGAUCUGGUAACACAUUUUCUAGCAAAUUUUACAAACAACAUCAUUUUAGCCACCAUAAAUGUUGAGAAGUUAUACACCAACAUUCUGCCCAGUCAUGGAUUUUAAGCCAAAGAGAAUAUCAUCACUGAUGCUAAAAUAUCACAUCCUGCCAUAAGGCUGGGUAACUUUGCACUAAUCCAUUUUAAAUAUCUGGACUCAUGGAAAUGAAUCUCUUAUCAAAUUUCAUCAUGCCUAACAACUUCUUCUCUUCUGUCAACCUCAGUUUGGAGCUACAUACAGAACAAAUCAGCUUCUUUGAUAUCUUCGUUGAUAAAACUUCACAAUGGACAAACAUUAUGUUAGAUAGAAAAAUUACAGAUUGCCCUGCAUAGUCACAUGCUUUCAACUAUCACAUUUACCAUCUACCGGUACCUCAAUGCUAUUUCCACAUUUUUUCAGUUCCACUUAAGAGAGAUACUUAACUGAUGAAAUUAAACUAAGCAUCAGGAAACUGAACUACUCACCCUAUGAGACCAAUAGAUGAAUCAAUAGAGCCAAUUCCAUUUCCAGAGAGGACCUGUUAAAAGACAAAUAUAGAAAUAGCGUAACAGAACACCACUGCUUGUCACCUACAACUCAAACACAUUAUUAGUAAUCUAUACCCCACUGUGAGAAUCAGCUUGCUCUAUUGGUUGAGGCAUCAGGCUAGAAACUGGGUAACUGAAAUUCUAGCCCUUAAGCAAGAAACCAACUAGGUGACCUUGGGACAGUCAUUCUCUCUCAAUCUAGGAAACAGACAAUAGCAAACCAUUUCCAAAAUAUCUUGCCAAGAAAACUUUAGGCAGUCAAUAGGAGUUCACACUCACACAAACACACACACAAACCCCUAAGCAGUGUACUAUCUUAGACUCUGAGUGGCAGACCCAUACUUGCAAACAUGUAAUCACCUAACCUGAAGUAGAUUCUCACAAGCAGCAAGAAACAAUGAUGCCAGGUACUGAUGUCUACUUUCCCCCAACAAUACCACCAUGGGCCCCAAAAAGUAAAAACAAUUUUACAGGUUCCUCCAUUUAGUCUUCCUCCAUUGCAAUAUUUGCUGAAAUGCCCCCUAAGACAAAUAGGACAGACUUUGCACACAAGAAUUAAUGGACACAAGUUUGAAGUCCAGACUCAAAGCAAAGAGAAAGUAUUGAGGGUGAAGGUUCGUUCUCCGAGCUUGUGGGUUGGUUUCUGAACAUUUUGUUACCAGGCUAGAUAACAUAUUCAGUGGUGUUUAGGGAUUCCUAGCCUGGUAACAAAAUGUUCGGAAACCAACCCACAAGCUCAGAGAACAAACCUUCACCCUCAUCCUACACCCGAGCUACAGAUAUUCACCAUUAUUGCAGAGAAAGUACUAUUAAAACACUUCAACCUCCCAGGUUAUUUAAUAGCAAUCCAAAUUAAUGUUUUAAAAAAAAAAAUAGACCCUAUUUCCACCACUGAGUGAGAAAUUGUUGAACUCACAUACAUUGUAUAGUUACAGGAAAUUUCAGAAGGUUAGCUUUCCCAUCAACCCUCUGGGUUUUAAGCACAUUACAAUUGUUAAUUGAUAAGGUAUUAGUAAUAUGCAUUCUGCAUCUGCAUAACUAAUCUUUUUCUCCUUUUCUGUCCCACCUCACCCCAAAUUAAAUACUAGAAUACUCUAGGCACUCAGAUGAUGAAGUAAACUGCAGCUCAUAAAAGGGUAUACCUUUUAAUAAAAUUAGUUAGUUGGUAAUAGUGCUACCCUUUCUAGUGACUGAUGAUGUUACCUAGUUUGGUAAUGAAAUAUCUGCAAGAAAACAAAUAAGCUCAGAGCGCACCAACGACCCCACUGAUAAAGCAUAUAUGACUAGGGCAGUCUCCUUUAGAGCUAUCUGGAACUAAAAUACAUUUGUUGCAAUGGAUGCUGUUGGAACUUCAGGCAAAGAGCUAGAUCUGGAGCAGUUCUAAGAUCAAGAAGAGAGAAAGAAACAAAACUUUACCUAGAAAUAAGUAAAGUAGCAACUCCCACAUACAGUAUAGUCAGCAAUUCACACCAUAAUAAUCUGGUUCAGGCAGUUAUUCAGCACUUGAUGAUUGUAACUUCAAAUGAUAAUUUACAUGUAAAUAACCUUCCCAUCAACUCAGUCAAUGCUUUGCAAUGAAGUCAGCAAGAAUUGGAUAGUCAAGAUAUGUGGGACCACAUCUUGAUAUAAUGUUAUCUAUAAAUAUAACAGCUAAAUGUCUUCCCUGGCAUGGAUUCUAUUUUCUUUAAAUUGCUGGAUUUCUUUUCCAAAAAGCAAUAGAGUGUAUAUUUUUAUUUUUCCACAAUGAACAUGGACUUGUUUUCUAUACAUAUAGAAAUGCACUAAAACAUGGGAAUAGAAAAUGAUGUAAUUAUUUUUAUUGCCUUGUCACCCUCUUUCUGAGUUUUGUCAUUACCUUUACCUUAAUUGAUUGGUAGUUUAUUCAGCAGCAUAAGGAAAAAUAAAUCUGAAUCUGUAUAUGGUAAUAUAGUGAUUAUAAGGUAAAGGUCACACUUUUUUCUGUAUGCUCAUAAUUUUUAAUAGUAUUUUAUGGAUUUUACUCAGUCAUGGAAAUAUUUGAGCUUAUUCUUCAUACCUUGGAGGAUGUCUGAGAAGGGGUUUAGGUUGCAAAUAACUUAGGGCUUUGUCAUAGGCUUCUGAGUAUAUACUUGUAAUCCUAUCUCAUACUCUGCUGGCUGAUAGAUUAAAGGAAAUAUUAAAAUAUGUCUAUAGAUAUGAUGCUUUACUGGAACAUUUAAUGAGACAUAAUUUUUACUAAAUAGCAGA